AUGCGCACAUCAAAGGCAGAGCCAAAUCAAGCUGGUGUUGAGUCAUCGCCGCCUUCUUCGCCAGUCGUGACAGCAGCCGAAUCCAGUGUCGCUAGCACUGCGAUAGACAGCUCACUGAAACGCGAUAUUCUGAAGAGCAUGGUCCAGAUUGCCGUGCGCCAGACGCGAUCAUAUCAGCAAAGCUAUGCGGGUACCUACCAAGCCAGUGCUUUCUUGGUCGACAAAACGCGAGGUCUGUUCUUAACAGCAGGACAUGCGGUACAGGGUCCUUGUGAGGGAUAUAUCAUCUCGCAUAAUGAUGAACGGUGUGACUUCAAAAUCAGAUAUAAAGACCCAGAGCAUGACUACGCUAUUUUACAGUGCCCGCCUGCUGAACUUGGCUCUUUGGACCUAGAAUCGCUCACACUAAAGCCAGAAGCUGCCGUAGUUGGUUCUCACGUCUACUUAAUUGGAAAUGAUAGUGGUGAAAAGGUCAACAUUCUUCGGGGUACGAUAUCAAGGCUAGAUACGACGUCUCCAACCCAUUAUGACAGCAACGUGGAACUCAUUCAGGCAUCUGCAGCCGGCAAGGGAGGGUGUUCUGGUGGUCCCCUGCUUACACUAGAAGGCGAGGCUAUCGGAAUAUGCGUGAGCGGGCAUAAUUCUUCGCACUUGGAUUGGUUUUUCCCACUCCAUUGUCCUCUCCAAGUCUUGGAGAACAUUAAAAGGGAACAACCUGUCGUGAGAGGCACUCUUCACACAGUAUGGCGACGGGUACCGUUCUAUGAAUGCCGACAGAUAGGACUUUCCCGAGCUAAACAAGCUGAAAUCAACACGGACAAGAACGGGCUGCUUGUUGCGACUAUGAUAAUCCCAGAAACCGAAGCAUUCGAGUUUCUGCGAGUCAACGAUAUUCUCAUAUCUAUAAACAGCAAGGUGGUGGUUGACUUUUCUGAUUUAGAAAACAUUUUGAAUUUCAACGUCGGUAGAAAGAUACAGAUCGAAGUAAUCAGGUUCCAAAAGACUCAUAUUUUUGAACUUGUGGUGCACGAUCUCUUUGCUCUUACACCUACCCGAAUCCUCACUGACUCCGGCGCCACCUUUCACAAUGUCCCGUAUAGGACGGCAGUGUGCUGGAGGGUGCCUCUUAAAGGAUUGUAUGUAGCAGAUUCGACAUCCACCUACCGCCUCGGUGACAAUUCAAGAGACUACAUUAUAUCCUCGAUUAACGGACAUGCAACACCGAACGUGAUCGAGGGAGAAAAGACUCUUAUCAAGUUUGCGGAUCGCGAACGAGUUACUGUGAGAUAUAGCCAUGCGACCCGCAAUUCUCGCCAGGAGACUAUGCAAAUCACCCUCGAUCGUCACUGGGAACAACCGUCCCUCACAAUCUUCAAUCCUGAUACUGGAGAAUGGGACUACUCCAACGUCAAGACACAAGAAAAAACAUCUCAGGAAGUUUCAGAACCAGCUCUUCCCAAUCAUAAGGCUAUCUCGCCAAAAACUCCGGUGCUAUCCGAGAUUAAAAGACGGUUUGUACAAUUAACUUGGACGGCUCCGUUUGUAUGUCUAGACGAAAACACGGAUGCUAAACAAAGUGGAUUUGGGUUUAUUCUAAGUAGAGGGUUGAUACUUGUCGAAAAGGCAGUAUGUCCCCACGAUCUAUGUGAUAUUUACAUCGACAUAGAUGGACGUGAAGUACUUGGCACAAUUGUCCAUAUGGACCAUCGGCAGAAUUGGAUUCUUGUACGUUAUGAUGCAGCAGAAACCAGCACUGAAACACUCGAUACCAUAGACCUUGCCACGACAUAUCCUCUAGAAUUUGACCCAGUCACGUUCUUGGGAAUAGACGACUCAGAUACCUUCCACACAACAAAGUCCAGAGUAACCGGGUCACUAAUUGCUGACUUCAGUUCGCCACUGCAUCAUGCAGAAGCAAUUGAUGUUGUGCAGAUUGAUAGUGAUAUUGCGCAGACCUGCCUUUUAGGGGUCAUAAUGAACGAAACACAACAGAUUUCGGGUUUCUGGAUUGUGUCUAGAAACAAUAAUAGCUAUAUUCUUCCGACUGUAAGCAUUGCCCCGGUCGUUUACCAAGUUCUAGCUGGCCUUUCCCCAAUGGGACGUCCUAAACUUAACUUUCGCUGCGAAAUGAUUUCGCCAAAAGAUGCCCGUAUAAUGGGGGUAAAAGAUGAAUAUAUCAAUCAUGGAAUAAGUAUAAAUGGCGCCCAACAUCGAUUCUUCAGUGUACGAAGAACGACAUUGAGAGCGGCGGAUUACAUCCAACAUAGUGACAUCUUUUUGAGAAUCAAUGGCAAACCCAUAACCAAAUACAUCGACUUUGAUGCUUUUGAUGAUACAGAACAUGAAACGGUUGAGCUUGGUCUUGUGCGGGAUGGAAAGGAGAUUGUCAUCGAUUAUCCUUUGCAACUAGCUGCAGAUGCGAUGACAGACCGAGUGACCUCUAUUUUCGGAAUGAUUCUUCAGGCGCCAUACACAGAUUUGAAAUAUAUCACUCGAGAGAUUUACAGUGAGCUGAUAUAUAUGUCUACGGCUGCCGGCUCACCAGGCCAACAUACGGCUAUCAUGUACGGCAAUUUUGUUACGGGGGUGAAUGGAAAUCGUGUGUACGAUCUUGGCUCUUUCCUUGAUGAAAUUAGUCAAAUUCUCGAGGAAACGGAUUUUACAAUUCAGUCGACGGACUGGAAUGGCAAGGAAUAUUCGGACAUUGUGAGAAAGUCAAGCCGGGCUUUUGGAUCGUAUGAAUUUAUUAAGAAAAAUGGAAAAUGGGAAAAGAUGUCAUUAGAUUUAAGAACCAGGGCAAGCGAGAAAGAUCUAGUCAUCCUACCGCACAAAGAGGACUAA